GGGCCCAGGAGGCGGGCGCGCCUGCGGACGGGUCUUCCUUGGCCCAUGGCGCGGAGGCGGAGGACCCACACGCCAAGCACCUGUACACAGCCGACAUGUUCACGCACGGGAUCCAGAGCGCCGCGCACUUCGUCAUGUUCUUUGCGCCCUGGUGUGGGCACUGCCAGCGGCUGCAGCCAACGUGGAAUGACCUGGGAGACAAGUACAACAGCAUGGACGAUGCCAAGGUCUAUGUGGCGAAGGUGGACUGCACGGCCGACUCGGAUGUGUGCUCCUCCCAGGGGAUCCGAGGAUACCCCACCUUAAAGUUUUUCAAGCCUGGCCAGGAAGCUGUGAAGUACCAGGGUCCCCGGGACUUCCAGACGCUGGAGACCUGGAUGCUGCAGACGCUGAAUGAGGAGCCUACGACACCAGAGCCAGAAGCGGAACCGCCUCGAGCCCCUGAGCCAAAGCAGGGCCUGUAUGAACUCUCAGGGAGCAACUUCGAGCUGCACAUUGCUCAAGGCGACCACUUUAUCAAGUUCUUUGCUCCGUGGUGUGGUCACUGCAAAGCUCUGGCUCCAAUCUGGGAGCAGCUGGCGCUGAGCCUCGAACAUUCUGAAACCGUCAAGCUUGGCAAGGUGGACUGCACACAGCACUACGAACUCUGCUCUGGAAACCAAGUCCGAGGCUACCCAACUCUCCUCUGGUUCCGAGAUGGCAAGAAGAUGGAUCAGUACAAAGGCAAGAGGGACUUGGAAUCCCUAAGAGAGUAUGUGGAGUCCCAGCUGCAGAGCCCAGAGAGGGGAUCCGCUGAGACCAUGGAGCCUUCUGAGGCCCCCUUGCUGGCCGCCACGCCGGCCGCUGCUGAGGGCACUGUGCUGGCACUGACCAAGAAUAACUUUGACGACACUAUUCUGGAGGGGACCACCUUCAUCAAGUUCUACGCUCCGUGGUGUGGCCACUGUAAGAACCUGGCUCCGACCUGGGAAGACCUCUCUAAGAAGGAAUUCCCGGGCUUGGCCGCUGUCAAGAUAGCUGAAGUGGACUGCACUGCCGAGCGGGAUAUAUGCAGCAAAUACUCAGUAAGUAUCUGCAGGUGGACAUGACGUUUCAUACAGGAG